AUGUUAAAUGAUUUAUUAAAAAAUGGAUCUAAUAAUGAAUUCGAAAAUGAUAUAAUUGUAUCAUGGUUUCCAUGGAAAGUUAAACAAUUAGGAAUUAAAACACUUUUACAAGAAAAAUAUAAAGGUGAUGGAAAUGAAAAUAGUCCAUUUAUAAUUGAUUGGCUUAAUUAUGAUCCCGAAAAUCCUAAGAAAUGGAUGAAUUUAUAUAAAUGGUUUAUAACAUUGAUUAUAAGCAGUGAUGAAUUAAUUGUACUUGGUCUAUCAUUAUUUACUCUUAGUUUUGCAAUAACACCUUUAUUUUGGGCACCAUUUUCCGAAAUUUUUGGUCGACGAUUACUCUUCAUAAUAACUUAUGGUGGAUUAGUUGCAUUUAUUGGUGGUACAAUAGCAUCACAAAAUAUUUGGACAUUAAUUAUACUUUGA